GCGACCGGGCGCGGCUCCCGAAGGCUGCCCAGGAGGUCCAGGCGAGGCAGGCAGGGGCCAGGACCCCGCGCUCGCUCGGCCGCUCACUCUCGAACUCCCUCGCGGCCACGCCGGGCGCGCACUCCCACUCCCUCUCCGCGCGCGGCUCCCGGCGCGAUGGACGCGGCACUGCUCCACAGCCUGCUGGAGGCCAACUGCAGCCUGGAGCUGGCCGAAGAGCUGCUCUUGGACGGCUGGGGACCGCCCCUGGACCCCGAGGGUCCCUAUUCCUACUGCAACACGACCUUGGACCAGAUCGGGACGUGCUGGCCCCGGAGCGCGGCCGGAGCCCUGGUGGAGAGGCCGUGCCCCGAGUACUUCAACGGCGUCAAGUACAACGCGACCCGGAACGCCUACCGAGAAUGCUUGGAGAAUGGGACCUGGGCAUCGAGGAUCAACUACUCCCAGUGUGAGCCCAUUUUGGAUGACAAGAGGAAGUACGACCUGCACUACCGCAUAGCCCUUGUUGUCAACUACCUGGGCCACUGCGUUUCCAUGGCAGCCUUGGUGGCUGCCUUCUUGCUUUUCUUGGCCCUGCGGAGCAUCCGCUGUCUGCGGAACGUGAUUCACUGGAACCUCAUCACCACCUUUAUCCUGCGAAAUGUCACGUGGUUCCUGCUGCAGCUCAUCGACCACGAAGUACACGAGAGCAACGAGGUCUGGUGCCGCUGCAUCACCACCAUCUUUAACUAUUUCGUGGUGACCAACUUCUUCUGGAUGUUCGUGGAGGGCUGCUACCUGCACACGGCCAUCGUCAUGACCUACUCCACUGAGCGCCUACGCAAGUGGCUCUUCAUCUUCAUCGGCUGGUGCGUCCCCUGCCCCAUCAUCAUCGCCUGGGCCAUUGGCAAACUCUACUAUGAGAAUAAACAAUGCUGGUUUGGCAAGGAGCCCGGAGAUCUGGUAGACUACAUCUACCAGGGCCCCAUCAUCCUGGUGCUUCUGAUCAACUUUGUGUUUCUGUUCAACAUCGUCAGGAUCCUGAUGACAAAACUGCGAGCGUCGACGACGUCGGAGACAAUCCAGUACAGGAAGGCAGUGAAGGCCACCCUGGUCCUCCUGCCCCUCCUGGGCAUCACCUACAUGCUGUUCUUCGUCAACCCCGGGGAGGACGACCUGUCGCAGAUCGUGUUCAUCUAUUUCAACUCCUUCCUGCAGUCGUUCCAGGGUUUCUUCGUGUCUGUCUUCUACUGCUUCUUCAAUGGAGAGGUGCGCUCCGCCUUGCGAAAGAGGUGGCACCGCUGGCAGGACCAUCACUCCCUGCGGGUCCCCGUGGCCCGGGCCAUGUCCAUCCCUACGUCGCCCACACGGAUCAGCUUCCACAGCAUCAAACAGACGGCCGCCGUGUGACCCUCAGGCAGCCACCUCCCCCGUCAUCGUCCACCAUCAGGGCGGCUUCCCUACCCUCCUCGCCUUCUGCCUCUGUUCUCCUUGCUGAGCUGCCCAGGCCCUGGUGGGGCAGCGCUCCGACCUGGCAGGAAGGAGGCAGUGCGGCAGCGAAGGGGUCUGGAGGUCCUGGGCCAGCCAUCUGCAAAUGUCAGAGCUAGAGAGAGCAGGGGGCCGUCACAGGCCCCUGGACAGCUGGUCAGAUCCCAGCAGGCAUGUGCCUCGCCGCCUCUCUGCACAUCCUCACCGUGGCCUGACUCACAGAUGAGGAAUCGAGACACAAAGCGGGGAAGGGACGGGGCUCCACUGCCCCACAUGGUGCGCACCUGUGGGCUUGCCCUGCCCCUAUCUCUGUCUUGUGCUCAGUGGCGCCCUCUGCCCUGGGGGAAGGCACGCCAGCUGGAGGAAGGGAGUCAUUCUGCUUCAUCCCAGGGGUUCUCACCUAUACACGCUCCACCCUGACCAAGCUGUCCCUGCAGCCCUCCCCAGCCACUGUCCUGCCCCUGGGGCUCCAUGAAGGAUGUCGCCCCCUGGGCCUGGCUUUCUCUCCUGGAGACCUGGGCUCUGCCUAGUCCACGGUGGGGGGCUUGCGGAGGGAGGGAGAUACAGCCACGCUUAGGCCAACCAGAUACACAGCACAGGACAGAACGCGGAGCAUAGCAGAAGCGUGGGGUGUGGUGAGGAGGAAGGCGCAUGGUGGGACUAGCAGAAACCAAAGUAUGUCUUUGGCGCUUGGAACUCACCCCCCAAGUUCCCCCAGGCUGACUUCAGUCCCAUCUCCGGAAACACCUCUGCUCUGUGAAAUAAACUGUGCUUCUAGGAAACAGCCUCCCUGGGUGGGGUGGGCACGUCUGUCCUUGUCAGCAGGGACUCUGGUCCUGGCCUAAGCUGGUAGGCUUGUCGUCUUCAUGGUCAGGGUACAUGCAGGCAAGUGUGUCCCUUAUCACCCCCUCCCCAGCCCAGGCUAAUACCUGCUCCAGCACCCCAGCUUAGGGUGUUUCACUCACCAUGAAGGAGGCAUGCAGCUCACCCAGGCCACCAGAGCCUGCCCUGCAGGGAUAGGAGUUGAAGAGAGCAGCCAAGGCCCCUGGGCACCAUGGUAGUGUGGGGGGGAUGGCUUCCAUCCCUGUGCCCCUCCAGGAGAGCAGGGGAGUCGAGAGGGAGAAGCCAUCGGGCUAGUGGUUCCAAAGGGCUGCUGCUCUAGGUA